CUCGGUGGCAGUGGGAGGAGACGUCGGCGGCGAGCAGCAGUGCGACAGCAGCGGACAACCACGGGUGACCGCUGGCCAGCUCCGUGCCUUUGACGGUGCGGCGGGCUUUGCGGUUUUUUCCCGGGAAGCGCAUUCAGAGCCGCAAUGAACGUCCGGGUGCGUAGCGCUCAGCACAAUCGGGUGCCCCCCCGCGCAGCGCACUCUUCAGCUUGGCGGCCUCCGCUGUCACCGGCCACGACCCGAAAGUGCGGCCCUGCCUGGUCUUCACCGCUGAUCCCACUGCGUCCGAUAUGGACGCCACGCGGCGUCCGACCCUUUGCGGGGCUACCGUAACGUUGGUGGUGUCGGUGUUGCUGUUCGGAGCAUUCAACAUUGCAGAUGCAGUGAGGAAAGAUGAAGGACUGGACGAAGGGCCGUGGCUUCGAAGAAAUCCCAUCAGUUCAAGGCUCACGGCAGAAGAUACAGUUCACACGUGGACCACUGAUUCGGAACGCUUGGCCCAAGCCUUUUUGGAUGGUUCUGGAGACGGAGAAAAUAGCUACAACAGCCAGAAUAGUGACUUCACAUCUGUUCCACCUACUGUUACCAUAGAUCCCGGAGAACUGCCUCCUCUAUUGGCAACUACAACGGCAAUAGAUUACGGAGAUCUUAGUGAUGGCACAGAAACUUCUCUGGCAUCUUCAGAUUCGGGCUUUAUUGACAGCUGGGGUCUGUCCAGAACUUCGGUAGAAUACCCGGGACCUUCUGUGGCUUUACCUGAGGCGACAAAUGGCGAUGUUAUGGCGGAGCCUGAAUAUAUGACACCAUCGUUUCAUAGCGACUCCAUGGAGAUGUUUUUUUCGUCGGGGCCUCAAACGCUGACAUCUCCAUUUUCAGUUUUCUCAGAAGAAGGCUCCUCUGAGGGGGCUGUGUUGAUAACAUCGUCGUUUCCUGUAGAUAGCACAAGUGCAAUCGCACCAACACCUCGCACUUUGACGUCCCUGUCACCCAGCCCACUGGCACCUUUGCUUUCUUCCAGCUCUAGCCCUGUCCUAGACGAGUCGCUGGCAGAGAUAGAAAGUGGCUUAUUAGUAGACAUUAAAGAUGCGAGCGUAACCAGUAGUUCGUAUUCAGGAAACGAAUCCGAACUUAUGCUCAGCACCAAGUCUUUGUUCCAGCAAAACUCGUUUCCAUCAACCACUGAGAUUUCUAUUUCCACUGAUAAUCAGAAAAAUGCAUCUGCGCAAAAUUAUACCGCGAUUCAUCUGUCUCGGCACGGCGUAAGUUCUGUGAAUAAUGCCGAUGCGACUACUCUUUCGGCCAUCGAGUCUUCCAGGCACUCACCGCAGCUGAACACUGUGCCAACAUCGACGAGUCCAUUAUAUUCGUCAAGCUUGACAACGUCCUCAUUAAUAAGACCAGAAACAUUAUUACCUUUCACCACUGAAUUACUGCCGAUUGGAAAUACUUUUGAUAUUGGGACGGGAUCACACUACUUCAGUGCUGCCACAACGGAAAUGCUACCAACAGGAAAGACGGAGGCGUCGUACUUGUCCGGCCCAUCUGCUCUGUGGACUUCAGAGAAGGGCCGCGAGAAGGCGCCCUUGGGGAGUUGGCACAGUAGCGCAGAAUCCAACAGGCCGACGCUGCUGUGGUUCACUACGAGUCCUCCCGCGACGAGAAAGACGGAUUGGUUCCUGACAUCAAUGUCCAGAUGGUUUGUGCCGCCGUCAACGACUCUGCCGGAUUGGAGUCGCAGCCCUCAAGAUACUGUCGUCAGUCCAACCUCGGUGUUUAACUCAUUCGGCCAUCUCGACAACGGCUCGGAGCCGUCGCAGGAAGCGCUGAAUGAUCAGAUGAAGUAUUGGAUAAAAACAGUGAUGCGCAUAGAGCGCUACAACCAUUCAAACACAGAGAAGCUUGCGAAGAACCUGGCAUUUGUGUACGAAAAAGCUUUCGCCCAACUACAUGCAUCACGGCGAGGGAGACGCUACGUAGGCAGAUCAAUGGUUGUCCAGGUGGUCAACCUCUCGGUGGACUAUAAGGACCAGCUCAUGUCCCUCGUGUACACGCUGUCACAAGAGGGCAAGCCUGUGCCUGCGGAAACCGCUGUGGAGGCCAUGUCCGGGGUCAAUGAGACGGACAUGUCGCGGCUGCUCGGCUACCCCGUCGUCGUCAAGGCUGAGCCUUACGUCAAGCCAACAAAAACAGAGUCCGUCUCGCGGCUCGCGUGGAUAGUGGCCGGCGUUCUGGCGGCCAUCUUCCUCCUCGUCUUGCUGUUCCUGGUGCUCUACUGCAAGUGCUGCCGUCCGAAAGUGCACCGCAGUCCGUUCAGCGACUCUGGCUCUGUUCGCUCUUACGGCCGGCAGAAUAGGCGCAAGAUGUUUGAGGAGUCUGCCGGAAAGUUUGGAUCACUAGGCGAAAAAACCUACAAGGACGUGUUCACAAGCCCAAUACAUGUGCCGUCAGCGCCUCCAGUGGAAACAGACAUCCGAACGACGCGGUCCAGGCCCAAGAACCUCAGCGAAUACUUUGUAAACAAGGCUUACGAACCAGACCUUGGCGUGCGGGCAUCAGCGGCUCCAAGCUGCAGGCUGCGUGUUACUUCCGAUUAUGACGAAGUAAGUCCUGGCCUGGACGAGAUAAAGGGAGGCUUGUUCGAUCACGUGCCUCCGCCUCUAUCAGAUUCGGCAGAUUGCCCGCUACCACUGCCUCGCAAGAACUUGCAACUGGAUGUUCAUAAGGGUGACUUGGACAGCGACAGCGACACCUCCCUCGAAUCAACCACAUCAGCUGAAUCGGCUGAAGAAAAGACGGCAACAAGCGCGCAGGAAAGCAUUGCCACAUCAUUGUUGUCCGACGAGCCCUCCGAGGUAAACCACAUCAGCAACCCAGAAAAGACAUGCUCAGACGAAGACCUAAAGGAGGCCCAGAAGGAAUUGGAUCACAUGAAGAAGAAAAUUGCGGACAUCCUCGACAGCGCCCUUGAAAAAGCAGCAGCUAAGAAGGUUUACGGCAGCCUCCGCAGGCAGCGUGUCCCUCCAUCUGCUGCAGCAAUGAGAAGGACCAGCAGUUUGAAGGUGCCGAAGCCACGCCAUUCGUCAGUAAAUGACUUUCAGAGACCACCAAUAUUGUCUUUCUCGCCGGAAGAGCCGGAGAAGAAGGAUGCGCCGACGCAGACCACCGAUCUGGCCUCCUCUGGAAAGCCCCGGGUGGUGUGGUCGAUCUACAAGACGUCGGAAGCUGCCGCACAAACUUCUUUCCCGGACUGCAGGUUAAGCCGGGACGACGAUUCGAUGCGUUCCCGGAGGACAGACCCUGGCGAGCAAUCUCCCAUGACUUCUAGCGUCCGCGAUUCGACCCAAGCUAUGCUCAGCGCCAUCCGCGGCGAGCUGCAGAAAUUCAGCGUAGCACAGAGGACGCAUAACGGCGAGAGCUUCGCAUAAGGCUGAGCGAAGACACAAGCGUGUUUGAAGGGCCCGCUCAGCAGGCUCUAUUUCGCAGUACGCUACACAGAGAGAGAAAGAGAGGGAAGUCAUAAGGGAAGGGCAGGGAGCUUGACCAGGCUGAGCCCGGUAGGCUACGCAGAAACGCGAUUAGAGCUGUUGCAGAGGAAAGCGAGCACGCUGACUCAAAACAGCACUUGCUCCAAGUUUGGGUCCGAGGGCAUUGCAAAGAGCUUUGGCCCAUGAACAAUAGGUAACGGUAAGGCGCUGAUAUUUGUUGGUAUUUCCAGUCGUACUCCAUUUCUCGCAAUCGUAAGGAAUCACCUUCAAUUCAAGAAGAGGUGCAAAUUUGUUUAAGCAGUGAGAUGCACGGCAGACGUGCGCGUGAGGGAGAUUCAUAAGGCUGCUUAAUAUGCACACUGCGAGUGCUAAUGAACCUGCAUCUUUUUUUUUUGCAAAGAAUUGGACUAAUACUGAGAACAAGAAUUACUUUCGGGCAUGCUGCAUGAAUAGAAUGGAUCUUGUCUCCGUCGCGGAUGCCAAUUUCAAAUAUUUGCUGAACACAUAAGUGUCGCCAUUACCCGUCGACAAGGAUUGGGGCUUUGAGCUAUAUAACAAUUAUGACGAGAUCAGUGUAAAGUAGAUAAACUGAAAACUGCAAGUGAGCAGCAACUAUGAUAUUACAGUAGCGGGAUCUGAGCGUGCGCCGUAGCAAAAGCAGACUUUUGUUAUGUGAUUCUGUGCGAGUUGUGUUCCUACGAAAUAUAAAAAAAUACCUGAAGCAACAUUACUGACUGCGCAAAAUGAUGUCGGAGAUCACCAUAAUAGACACUUUGUCACUAGAACAGGACCUGGUCACUUCUGCAGAGUCUAUUGUUUCAUUGAUGCCGCCAGCAUAAUCAUGCAGGCACUGUACUAUCAAGGCGUCGAGUAACUAUGCCCAAAGUUGUCAGGACAUAUACAGCAACACUUUUGAGUGAGCAUUGUCUUUUAACACGCGAGUGAAAACUAAUAAAUCGGGAUGGACUUAGGACAAACUGACGAACUCGCACCUUUGUUAUCGACUUUUGGCACGUAAAUACAUAUAUGUUCAGUGGGUAUAUCAAAGUGAAUAAAUCCGUGCUGGAUCAAACUUGAUGAUUGCCGUUGGGCGAUAAAUAAGGAAAGCGAGAACAUCUGCACAACAUUCCAAAAUUACUUCUUCUAUUGUAGCACCCUUUUUGUACUCCUUAGAUUGAAAAUGCUCUUCAGAGUAGUAUUUUGACAGAUAGAGGGAUAAAUAAGAAAACAAAACUAUUCAGGUUAUACAGACGAGAAUAUUCAAUUUUCUACCUUGCACUGGUGGAAAAGGCUCAGAUAAAAGAAAAAGAAGAGGGAGUGAGAAUGUACAACUCCAUCAAGGUCAGCACAACACAGGUGCGAAAUAAAUAAAUAACACAAUGGAGUUGUUUUUUCGUCCACUUUCAUCUCCCUUUAAUUUAUAGUUUGUACAUCUCAAUGAACAACUAGUUUACGUUGUGCUUUUUUUGCUUUCGUUGUCUGUUGGCUUCGAAUCAUAUUGACUAACGAAAAUCGGGCCCCCUCGGUAACCCUUCUUCUCCUUCAUUAGAUAGCGAUGAUAUAGAUUCGCGAAGCUUUGACGCCUUCGGGUAUCAUACGACGGUUUGUUGGCCCGUUGCUUUCUCCCAAGUUCGUGUAUUACGUGACACCUGAGGUAGCAAAGAUGUUGCACAUCUGCCGCCAUGGCCGUGAACUGCAGCGCUAACAAUACCAGGGCUAGAUCUAGUACAUAUACAAUAUCCGAUAAAGUAGAUAAGAAGACGGCGCCGCUGUAGGUCGAUUGCUACGAGUAUCGCAGGCGUAAUGAGGAGACGUGGGUUCGUCGGCCACCGGCGGCUAGUUGUUCUCUCGCUCACUUUAAUUUCCAUUUAGCUUAUCAUUUCUACAUCUUCAGUAAAACAGGCAAUUUACCGUAUGUUUCCCUUGGUUUCAUUGCCUGAGCACUGGCUUUAUAUGACUGUGACUAACAAUAUUCUCGCCCCUCUGUUCGCACCCUUCUUUAAAGUGUCGUAGUCGUUGACACAAGCAGUUGCAAGAAGAUGGCGUGCUUCCACUUUUGAAGAAAUCGAUGCUGCAUAUAAGUGUAUUGUGUUAGCAUGGGUGUUAUUGCUUACCUUUUCAAGCUCGCACCGUAUCUCACUGGUCCUCUUGCUGGGUUGCCAGUACUAAAGGAAUCAUAGUGGUUCAUGUGGUGGUUGUUUAAUACUACUGCUUUGUCAGAACCCAAUUUCCCUUCAUUACGAAUAACGCUUAGGCCGAAAGAGAAAGGUGAACGCGCUACAUGCAACAAUGAAAUUAUUAGCCAGGGUAAAGUCCUAACAGGAACGUUCGUAGCGCUCUUCUAUAGCGCACGCAUCUAUCCAUUUCGUUUUGUACACAGCCAUUUCUUCAUUGCUAGAUUCACAGUACGCUGUUCGUUCACACAUAAUUAGCCCCUGUAUGCAUGACGUAACUUUUGCAGUCACCUAAUCGCAAGGGCGCUCAGAGAUCACUACAUUACAAAAGUAAUACAAAAUAGCAAUGUGAAGUACAAAAUAAAACUCGGCAUGCAGUUCAUCGCAACAAGCGCAGCCCAAAUCAGUCGGUUAUCUUCAUUUGUGACAUUUUGAGCGGAGAUUCUUGCGAUUCCGCGCGGGCAGGCAGCUUAUUUCACCGAGGCACAACUCAUGCAGCCUGUACGGACACGCUGACCGCGAGCUUUGAGAGACGACAUUUGGUCCCUUAUGCGAUGGGGCACAAGUUGGCUGUCAGAGAUAAAUUUUUAUAGAUUCCUCCGGUAUUAGUUUAUUGUUAAUGUCAUAAUCGUCGCUUUCUAUUAGCAGAGAUGCAAAUCAAUACGGCUGAACGAGAAAGUUGUUCCAUCUAAAGUAGAGUUGGGCGUAUGGCUUUUAUUUCGAAGAUUAUGUUUAUUUCCUCCUAACGAAGCAUAGAGCUCUGUGCGGUUCGCUGCCCUAUGCAGACUUGAGCCCCACACCAUAGGUAUUUCGGCCGCUGAUGUUAUUUCUACGUUCCUUCACCCUAUAAGUCAUGAAACGGUUUCUUAGUGGUGAUUAACACGUUCAUACGCCCGGAAUAACACAGUCAGCUUAGCAAAUAGUUGCUUGAUUUUGCAAGGGUACGGGCGCGCUCUUGUAGAACUGCAUACGAAGCCCGCCGAGAACUUACCGUAAAGUCAGGGAAAACGCUGGUUCGUUUGCCCGGCGUUGCAAACCGGGGUGAACGGGUUGCACCCUAUCAUUGAUUGUACUCACGAGCACCUUCAUUACUUGUGUAAAAUAAACUCCUCCUCACUUCUG